AUGCCCUCCAUUACCAACAUCGCGAACAUGUGUUCGCAUCUCCAGAACGCCUCCAAGGCUCGCCUGGGUAUAACAUCCGUCAAGAACUGCAAAUACAACCUGCAACUCGCUCUCGCCCUGCACCGAUCUGGUUUCUUCUCAUCCGUCUACCGCUCCGGCCCUCACCCCCCCACUCUCGAACAGAUGGUCUCCCAGGCCCCCGAGCCCGUCACAAACGCAAACGUUGCCACUAUGCGCCUGUGGCUCGGCCUCAAGUACUGGGACGGUAAGCCUGUCCUCGGCAAGGCCAACGCUAUCAGCACGCCAAAGCGUCUCAUGACGGCCAACAUCCAGGAGCUCGCCCGACUCACAAGAGGGUUCCCAACAAAGGUGGACGGCGGCGUGGUACCGGGUCUAAAUCUCGGCGAGUGCAUGUUUGUAUCGACAUCGAAGGGCGUGUUGGAGGUGCGGGAGGCGCUCGCAAGAAAACAAGGUGGAUUAUUGGUAUGCCGAGUGUCAUAA